AGCGCUCCUUGGAACGCUCUACUGUAUUUUUGCGUGAUUUUUCGCCUUCUUCUAAGCGGCAGCUUGGAAAAAGGAGCAUCCUUCCUUCGUCGUGCAUGACCUUUCCCCCUGUCUCCAUCCCACCUCUUCCAUAUGUCACGCUGAGGUGACUUUCAGGCACUUUUGCGCACAGUGUCGGAGCGCCACAAAGAUGUGCACAGAGGACGCAGCAGGCAGGCGGACCGCCCAGGUCGUGCGUGAGGACAUAUGCGGGCAGUCAGGUAGUCUAUCAGAAUGAGUGUCUCUCGUCUGGUUCAGUGGAGUCGCGGCGUUUCUUGUCAUGUGUAGCGGGAUUUCAGGGAUUCAGAUUAGCUCCAGCCUAAUCACUCUCACUAACAGAUGCGGGGAGCGCGGAUGCUGGCUGCGUUCGUUACAAUACACCCUGGAUUUAUCUAAUUCCCCCCACUGUGUCUCAAUGUCAUAAUGGACAGGUUGCACUCAUCCAUGCGUAAAAGGCUCUACAGUUUGCCACAGCACAUUGGACAGAAAGCAUCCAUAAUGGGCGAAGGAGAAGACGCAGACAAGGACACCCGGAGGAAGAGCAUCAGGAUGAAGCCUCUGCCGUCGCCGACCUCUGGGGUGAGCUGCAAAGGCAUCGGGGAGACCAAAAGUGGAGAGUCUGUGAUCAUGGAGACGGACAUGGGGAGACCACUGAAGACCAGCUCAAAUGGGGACUGCCGGAGAUUUAGAGGCAGCCUAUCGUCCAUCACUAGUCGGCAUGUGCACGACUCAGACUCGGCCGAGGCGAGACGCCUCAUCACCGAAGGGGAUGUAACCCCGAGCGAGGAGAGCCCCCCUGGGGCGAUCGGCGACGAGCAGCCGGAUGAAGGUGCACAGGGUGCCAGCGGCGGCGCCCCGGCCGAGUCUCCGGAACAACAGGCGGGUUUUAUAAAGCUGGAAGGCAUUGAUCAGAUUUUACCGGACGACGCUGGAUUAUAUCAAGCCGGGUUCAUCCACAGGCAGCUGGGAGCGAUGCUCCAGCCUGGGGUCAACAAGUUCUCCCUGAGGAUGUUUGGAAGUGAGAAGGCGGUCGAACGGGAACAGGAGCGCGUCAAAUCGGCCGGAUUCUGGAUAAUUCACCCAUACAGCGAUUUUAGGUUUUACUGGGACUUGACCAUGUUACUGCUGAUGGUCGGCAACCUCAUCAUCAUCCCUGUGGGCAUCACCUUUUUCAAGGACGAGCACACACCCCCCUGGAUCGUUUUCAAUGUCGUCUCAGAUACAUUCUUCCUCAUGGACCUUGUUCUCAACUUCAGGACAGGCAUUGUCAAAGAAGACAACACAGAGAUCAUCCUGGAUCCUCAGGAGAUCAAAAUCAAAUACUUGCGGAGCUGGUUUGUGGUGGAUUUCAUAUCCUCCAUCCCUGUGGACUACAUUUUCCUUAUAGUAGAGACGCGCAUUGACUCAGAUUUCUACAAGACAGCACGAGCUUUGAGGAUUGUACGCUUUACAAAGAUCCUCAGUUUGCUACGACUCCUGCGACUGUCUCGACUCAUUCGUUAUAUCCACCAGUGGGAAGAGAUCUUCCACAUGACCUAUGACCUGGCCAGCGCCAUGGUGAGAAUAGUCAACCUCAUCGGUAUGAUGCUUUUGCUGUGCCACUGGGAUGGCUGCCUGCAGUUCCUGGUGCCCAUGCUGCAGGACUUUCCAGCUGACUGCUGGGUCUCCAAAAAUAAGAUGGUGAAUGACACAUGGGGACAGCAGUACUCCUACGCACUUUUCAAAGCUAUGAGCCACAUGCUAUGCAUUGGGUAUGGCAUGUACCCCCCAGUGGGGAUGACGGACGUCUGGCUGACCAUCCUGAGUAUGAUUGUGGGCGCUACGUGUUACGCCAUGUUUGUGGGGCACGCCACUGCACUCAUCCAGUCUCUGGACUCUUCUCGGCGCCAGUACCAAGAGAAGUACAAACAGGUCGAGCAGUACAUGUCCUUCCACAAGCUUCCUGCAGAUAUGAGACAGAGAAUCCACGACUACUACGAGCACCGCUACCAGGGGAAGAUGUUCGAUGAGGAGAGCAUCCUGGGGGAGCUCAAUGAGCCGCUUCGUGAGGAAAUCAUCAACUUCAACUGUCGAAAGCUGGUGGCCUCGAUGCCACUGUUUGCCAAUGCCGACCCCAAUUUUGUGACUUCCAUGCUUACCAAGUUGAGGUUUGAGGUAUUCCAGCCUGGAGAUUACAUCAUCAGGGAGGGAACUAUUGGCAAGAAGAUGUACUUCAUUCAACAUGGGGUUGUGAGUGUCCUCACCAAAGGCAGCAAAGAGACCAAGCUUUCAGAUGGAUCCUACUUUGGGGAGAUUUGUUUGCUGACACGAGGUAGGAGGACAGCCAGUGUCCGAGCCGAUACAUACUGCCGUUUGUACUCGCUCUCUGUGGACAACUUCAAUGAGGUGCUGGAGGAGUAUCCUAUGAUGAGAAGGGCUUUUGAGACGGUUGCCCUGGACCGACUGGACCGAAUUGGGAAGAAAAACUCUAUUCUUCAACACAAGGUACAACAUGAUCUAAGCUCUGGGGUACUCAACUACCAAGAGAAUGAGAUCAUCCAGCAGAUUGUCCAACAUGACAGGGACAUGGCCCACUGCGCCCACCUUAUGCAGAACGUACCUCCACAGACGCCCCCAUCACCAACGCCUGUCAUCUGGGCCCCUCUCAUCCAGGCUCCCCUCCAGGCUGCUGCUGCCACCACCUCAGUAGCCAUCGCACUGACACACCAUCCUCACCUCCCACCAACCCUUUUCAGACCUCCAGUCUCCGUUCUCAGUUCCCUAAAGGACCCCUCCAGACUAAGAAAGUUCCAACCAUUUGUUUCUUCCUCCACAGCACCUGGGUCUUCUGGUGACUCUCUGUCUAGCACACCCUCUAAGCUACGGUCUGGGAUGGACAUGCCUUUGCUUGCAUCCUUUCGGGCUCAGCAUAUGACAGCUGGUUCUGGGCCAGUUGGUUCAACACGACAAGGUCCAGGCUUAGGAGGUCGACCUAAUGGGGCUGGGUCUCAGUCCAGUGAACGGGGUACCACUGUCUUUCCUUUUGGUCUACAGUCAUCCUCAGGUUCUCCCUCUUCUAGUAUGGCACAACUUCAUCCACAACCACAGUCUCAACAACCGUUUCGAUCCACCACCCCACCCCUUUCAAAUCUCUUUCACCAAACACCUGUAAGUGGAAGCACUGGAUCAGGACUAGGUGGGGGUGCUGCUGGAGCAUGUGAGGGUGCUACCGGAUGGGCUUCAGGAGAUGCAGCUGGAGGUUCUGUGGAAGGAGCCUCUGGUGGAGACACCUUUUGGGCUGGGGAGGACUUCACAACAGGGGUGACAGACAUUACUUCUAGGGGCUACUUCGACUUAAAACAAGCAAAUGACGGAUUAAUACAUGGCAAGUCAGAGGACAUAGUUGGUGGAAAAUCAGAAGGCUUAAUGGGAGCUGCUUGUCUUAGGUUCACAGGCGGAGCCUCUGGUGUAUCAGGUCCAGGUGUCACAUGUGGUUUAAUACAGGACAAAACCAAGAGAACUCUUGGAGAGGCCUCCAGAGGGUCAGCUGAAAGAGCUUCCAGGGGAUCAAUAAGUGGGACUUCACAAGAAUCACCUUUACUUAUAAAUUCAAGGCGAUCAUCAGAAAAGUUUGGUGAGGGAUCAUUGGGAUCUGUUUUUGAUGGGGCCUGUGGGGGAACAUUUGGGGGACUUUCUGUCGAAAUGGCAGUGGGGAAUUCAUCAGCAUUGUUAGGGAGAUCUUCCACUGGUACAGUGACCAGCCAUAUAGGACGAGCCUCAAAUGAGCCAGGAGAAACUGCUACUCUAGGACAAACUGGGAAACGUAUAGGAAGUUUAGUAGGUACUCAGGUGACAGAAUCUACAACUUCAUCUGGUUAUUCUUCAAGUGGAAUUACUGCAGGACUUGGAGGGUCCUCUUUUUGUCAGAGUCCUUUAUCUAGCAGUCCAUCCAACCUUAUGUCUAGUCAGAUUUUCCCAAAUCAAGCACAUCCCAAAACUUUGCAGCAGUUUGCUGGAGGAGGUAGGACUACCAGUGGUAUAAACCUCUUCCAGUCACCCUCACAAGGGUCACCAUCUUGUGUUAGAGGACAGCAAAUUCAACAGCCUGCUGCUGGUUCCCCACCUUCCAUGAGUCACUUUAGCUUAGCAGGCCUUCAGUCUGGUUGUUUGCCUCACCAGAUGUCCCUGGAAAGGUCAGCAUUAGCUUCCUUGGCUCAGUAUGGGUCAGCGAACGCCUCUCCUUGCCUUACCCCAGUUGCACGCAGUCCAACAGUACAAAGUCCCGUGGCAGGCAGGACCUUUCAAUAUAGUGACCCUUCAAGUGUUGCAGGAUCCCACAGUUCUUUGCUCAUGCCUCAAUCUCCUCUCCUUUCACAGCUUCCCAGUCUGCCACAAACAACAGGGAGAGAUUCUCCUCUAACUCAGUUUUCCGAGGACCUGAAAUGUUUAUCAAGCUCACACCCGUCUUUACCCCAGGAUGUGGCCCUCAGCCACCAAACUCCUUGCUCCUCCGUGGAAUUUUACCCCUCUCCAUUUUCCUCACCAACUCUUGUACACAAACCUUGUGGCUCAAUACCAGGGCAUAUGACUCCUCCAAAGCAGGAGUCUCCAGUAAACCUUCACCAGACUCGGUCACCUAGAUCUUCUCCGGCACCUCCUUCACAGAGGGGCUCUGGUGCCUACUUGUCAGAUCUAGAACCUCAAACUGCUAUUUCUAAAUUUCCUUCCAAUUUGUGAGGAUGGAUCACACCCUCCUGUGCUCCCCUGAAAUGAAACACACAACUAUUGGUACUCAUACAGUUCUUUUAUGUUGUCAGACUUCAUUGUGUUCCACCUCUCAUUUUACUAGGAUUUUAAAACUUACUGUGAAUCCAAAAUAUUUUACCAGGGAACUCAGAACUGUAAGGUACUACUUAUUUGUUCAAUACAUUGUUGUUUUUAUUUAUAUAUGCUGUAUAUAGGAAGAAAUAUAUUAAAUUAACAGGUUUUAUUAAGGGACUGGGAGGGUGUGAAAGUGAUCUCCGGACACUCAAUUUAUUUUGCUUUCUAAGACUAUGCCAAAUUUAUCUCAUUCUGUUUUGGAAGGGAAUCAGUGGAAUACAUAAAAUUGUUUUUAUUGCAGGAACCUAUGCACUAAUACUGCAUGUAUUAAGGCUUUUGUGUGUUUUAAGAUAACUAUCAAAAUCGUUUUUUAGCUUAAAAGACAUAAUCUGACACACAUUGACUCUUGUAUCUUUUGAUUUAGGAUCACAUAUUGUUGAUCCUUAAAUGUAUUUAUUAGAUUGUACUUAUUUAUCCUCUGUAUAAAGUUUUCAAAAUCUUGAAAGAUGAAGAUGAGAUUUUAGGAUACCAAAAAGACUUUUACUGUGGAAUAACUGUUCACCUCUCUAGCACCCAACAAUUUCGCUUUUAUACCAUUUUAUUGUAACCGUGCUGGUAUUUGAGGCAAAGGGAGAGGGGUUUGUUGAGUGACCCUCUGUCUCAGUUUCUCUACAUGAGUAUGACAUGGACAAUUUUCUGCAGUCCUCAACCAUAUUCUUACAAGCUCACCUUGUCUUCCAAGCUCUUGACACUUAAGUGUAUUAAGUUUGUAUUGUUUCUCUUCCAGGCCGUUCUUAACUGUUAGCAGUUAAGUGUAGCAGCAAGUGUUAUAACAUUAAAUGCAAGGGAAGAGUUUAGCCAGACAGAUUAAAAUUGAAAUUGCCUUUUCUAAACAAAAACUAGGACUUCCAAAUACCAUUUUGUGUAAUGCAUUACAUAGCCCUCAGAUUAUAAAGAAAUACUUCUUCGUUUGAUAGUA